ACUUUUUGGUUACUUCCACGAGUAAUUUUCGGGACCCAGCGGCUGGCGAUCCACUGAUGCUAGGUGGCGCACAUCAUGAACCUCCUUGCAUCCGUGCUUUCUUCUCCGCCAGCGGUACACCCAUCCAAUGUUCUUUUAGAGCAAACGAAGAAAAUUCGGUAAAAAAAUCAAAGAGAUGUCAAUUGAUCAAGAGAUGUGAGAGAAAAAUCAGCAGUAGAUCAAACCCCUGUUGUGCGAUUAGGAAAAUGGGUGGGGAGAAGCAUAAAAGGUUCCUUACAGUUGCUCCUUUUGAGUGUGCUUGGCGAGAAGAGUUACGUUUUAGGGAAGCCGGGCGUGGAUGUAUAGCAUUUGAAGCCUUCGCACAUAAUGAUGUCACCUUGGUGUUUAGGGAGCAAGUUGGGAGCCAACAUUACCAUUAUAAAAUGGACAAUAGUCCAAAUUAUACGGUGAUCUUGGGUAGCCAUAGGAAUAGGAGGCUUAAGAUUGAAGUGGAUGGAAAGCCUGUAGUUGAUGUCGAGGGUGUUGGCCUCUGUUGUUCUUCAUCAUUUCAGAGCUAUUGGGUUAGUGUUUAUGAUGGAUUGAUUAGCAUUGGGAGGGGGAGAUACCCUUUCCAGAACCUUGUGUUUCAGUGGCUUGAUUCGAAACCCAACUGUAAUGUUCAAUAUGUUGGGCUAAGCAGCUGGGAUAAACAUGUUGGAUAUAGGAAUAUCAACGUCUUACCCUUAACCCAACAUCACCAUAGUCUCUGGAAUCAAAUUGACUUCAAGGAGUACCAAGAGGAAAAUGAUUCUGAUGAGGACCGGGUUGAUUUAGCCGAUGAAUUUGCUGAAUGGGGACUUGCUAAUUUUCUAGAGAACUGGGACUUUUCCGAUAUUUAUUUUGUAGUUGAUGGUAACACGAAAGCUAUUCCUGCACACAAAGUUAUUUUGGGAGCUUCAGGAGAUCUCCUUUUUUCUUAUACUGAUGAGAAUAUCAUCCGACUUCCUUCAACAACAUAUCCUGUCCUGCAUGCCUUUCUGGAGUAUAUCUAUGUUGGUCGUACUAACAUUGUUGAAUCUCAAUUGUCUCCUUUGAGAGAUUUGAGCUUGAAGUUUCAAGUAUUAUCUCUAACCAAGAAGUGUGAUGAAAUUAUUGGUCGUUUCAAGACAAACAAAAAGUUAUUUGAUUCUGGGACUAAAGUGGAAAUAACAUGUUCUGGUUCUCAAGUUCAGCAACAUGCUAUCCUUCCUCAUGAACUACCCAUUGAUGUACCAAAGCUUAAACAAUUUUUUGUUACUCAUCAGCAUAGUGACCUAAAUAUCUAUAUUGAAGGACACGGUUUCAUUGCCAAGUCACACAAAAUUAUUCUUAGCUUAUGGAGUGUUCCAUUUGCGAAGAUGUUAUCCAAUGGAAUGAUGGAAAGCAACUCUUCAGAUGUUUCGUUUAGUGAUGUCUCUGCUGAGGCCUUUUUAGUCAUGCUUCAAUUUAUGUAUAGUGGAGAACUCAUGGUGGAUUUGGUUGAAGUCAGUUCCUUAAUAAUCCCGCUGCUUCUGCUGGCUGACCAGUUCAGUAUUAUGCCCCUACAAAGAGAAUGCUGUAGAUGUAUUUUGGAAUAUCUCACAGAGGAUUCAGUCUGUCCCAUCUUGCAAGCAGUGUCAUCGAUUGCAUCAUAUAAACUGCUUGAAGAAACAUGCAAGCAAAAGUUUUCCAUGCAUUUUGAUUAUUGCACAACUGCCAGCACCGAGUUUGUGUUGUUAUGUGAGGAAACUUUUAAAGACAUUCUUCAGCAUGCUGAUUUAACUGUGACAUCAGAAGAGAAAGUCCUAGAUGCUAUUUUAUUGUGGUGUAUGCAAUCCCCUGAAAUCUGUGGGUGGGCCGCAAUAGAUGAGCUUUUAAUGUCCUCAACGCCUGAGCAAGUUUUCAAAGGGAGGCUCCCGCUCAUUGAUAUAUUUCUACCUUAUGUGCGCUUUCCAUUAAUGCCAUUGCAGUUGCUUCAGAUGCUCAAUGAGAGUAAGCUUUGCAGUGUAUUUCCAAUAUUUGAUCAACUUGUGAUGGAAGCAAUUAAUUUUGCUGCCAUAGGAAUGACAACGCCUGUAAACAACCAGAAUGUGAGAUUUCAACAUAGGCGGUCAAGCUUUAAGGAGCUCCAGUACAUUUGUGAUGGUGACAAUAAUGGAGUAAUAUAUUUUGCUGGAACAUCUUAUGGUGAGCAUCAGUGGUUGAAUCCUGUCUUAUCCAAAAAAAUUAAUGUGACAGCUAGCAGUCCUGCUUCAAGAUACACUGAUUCAAAGGCACUCGUAUCAAGGACGUACCAGGCCACAUUGUUUGCUGGACCCCGGAUUGAGGAUGGACGUACAUGUGCAUGGUGGAUGAUUGACAUUGGACAAGAUCACCAGCUAAUGUGCAACUACUACACCUUGAGACAGGAUGGUUCCAAUGCAUACCCUAGGUCAUGGGCUCUACAGGGAUCUAUGGAUAAGGAGAACUGGACCAACCUGAGAGUGCAUGAAAAUGAUCAAACAAUUUGUCGCCGUGGUCAGUUCGCAUCAUGGCCCAUACAGGGUCCGAGCUCACUCCUUCCUUUCAGGUUCUUUAGGGUUUUUUUGAUGGGCCCAACAACCGAGGGUUCGACCUCGUGGAACCUUUGCAUGUGCUUCAUCGAACUCUAUGGCUACUUCCACUGAUGGGAACAUUUUGCGACGUCACUGGCUUAGAAAUAUCUGCGACUGAUCCUUUCUAAUAGAAAAUAAAUCAGUGCCAUUUCCAUUGUCAUGUACAAUUUGGUUCCUCCUUGUUCCCAAUUACAGUUUUCAUUUGAUAGGCAUGUCCUUCGUUUUUUAUUUUUUAUUUUUACUUAUUUUGUGCUUUUAUUUGUGUUCAAUUUAAAACUAAUACAUACGUUGAUCUGUGUUUUCUUC